UCUUGGUGUUGGAGGAAGAAAAAAAAAAAACCACGGAGCAGCAUCCCCAUCAUCAGCAGACGCCAGCGAUCCGGAAGCAUUGGAAGGUUUGGUCCAGUGCUGAUGGCGCACUCUGAGCUGUUUGUGACGAGAGCGCCCCCUGUGGAGGGGAGUGCUGUGGAGCUGGAUGUUCUGAGCUUCCUGGACUCGUUUGGGGAAGACAACAGCACUGCAGAGAGGUGCUACCGCUCGCACUCCCGCAGCAGCGUCCUCCAGGGUCUGCCGUUUGGAGGGGUGCCCACGGUCCUCGCCAUCAAUGUGGUGCUCUGGAUGUUCUUGUUGCUCAUCUUCUCCUGUCUGAGGAAGGCCGCAUGGGACUAUGGACGCCUGGCUCUGCUGAUGGAGAACGACAGUCUCACAUCUCUGUUUUAUGGCGAACCAAGUGAGAAAGAGAAGUCUCCAUCAGAGUCCAGCCCCUCCGACUCUGAGACCAAGGACAUGGGCUUCUGUUCGUGGGUCUCAUCACUUUACCAUAUGAAGGAUGAAGAGAUCCGUAGCAAAUGUGGCAUUGACGCUGUCACAUACCUGUCCUUCCAGCGCCACAUCAUCCUGCUCAUGACAGUGGUUUGCCUGCUGUCUUUGGCUGUAAUCCUGCCGGUCAACUUUUCUGGGAACCUCCUGGGAGACAGUCCUGAAAACUUUGGAAGAACAACACUGGCCAAUGUUAGUGCAAAGAACAGCUUUCUGUGGCUUCACAGUAUCUUUGCUCUGGUCUACUUCAUCAUCACGUUGCUGUGUAUGGCUCACCACUCCAUGCGGCUGGAGUACAGAGAAGACGAGAGGGUAGCCAGGACGCUGAUGAUUACCUCCAUACCAAGAGAGAUCUCUGACCCAGGGCUCAUCAUCAAGCACUUCCAUGAGGCCUACCCCAGCUGUACUGUCACUGAUAUCCGUUUCUGCUUUGAUGUCCACAAGCUGAUGAGGCUGGACUUAGAGAGGCGCAAGGCAAUGAAAGGCAGGCUGUAUUUUGCCACAAAAGCCCAAAAGGAGGGGAAGAUUGUGAUCAAGACCCAUCCAUGUGCUCAGAUAUUCUGCUGUGACAUCUGUGGCUUUGAAAAGGUAGAUGCAGAACAGUACUACAGCGAGUUAGAAGAGAAACGCACAGAUGAGUUUAAUGCUGAGAAGAACCGCAUCUCCAUGAAGAGGCUGGGCAUUGCCUUUGUGACUUUCCGUGAUGAGAGGAUGACUGCUGUCAUAGUGAAAGACUACAGUCGUGUGCACUGCCAUCGCAGACCCCAGCAGUCCAGCAUCACCACUGUGGUGCAGUCGCACAAAUGGGGGGUCAGCUACGCACCCGCUCCCAGUGACAUUAUCUGGGAAAACCUGUCAGUGUGUGGUUCUCGCUGGUGGCUCCGCUGUGUCCUCCUCAACAUCCUCCUCUUCCUGCUGCUCUUCUUUCUCACCACUCCCGCCAUCAUCGUCAACACUAUGGACAAGUUCAAUGUCACGCGGCCCGUGGAGAGUCUGCGGAGCCCAGUCAUUACCCAGUUCUUCCCAACCCUUCUGCUGUGGGCAUUUUCAGUGCUCCUGCCCUUCAUCGUCUACUACUCAGCCUUCUUUGAGUCCCACUGGACCAGGUCUGGUGAGAAUCAAGUAACGAUGCACAAGUGUUUUUUGCUGCUGGUCUUCAUGGUCAUCAUCCUGCCUUCACUCGGUCUGUCCAGUCUGGACCUGUUCUUCACAUGGCUCUUUGAUGUCAACUUCCUAGAUGAGAAGGAUGUCAAAUUCCAGUGCGUAUUUCUUCCUGACAACGGUUCAUUCUUUGUAAACUAUGUGAUUACAUCCAGUCUGAUUGGCACAGCGAUGGAGCUGCUUCGCAUCCCAGCGCUGACGGUGUAUGCCCUCCGCCUCUGCUUCGCCAAGUCCCAGGCGGAGCGCAUUCAUGUCAAACGGAGUCAGGCCUACGAGUUCCAGUUUGGCCUGGAGUAUGCCUGGACCAUGUGUAUCUUUGCAGUCAGCAUGACCUACAGCAUCACAUGUCCCAUUAUUACACCCUUUGGUCUGCUCUAUGUGAUCCUGAAGCACAUGGUUGACCGAUACAACAUUUACUAUGCAUACGUUCCCACCAAACUCAACCAGCGCAUCCACAGGGCAGCCAUCAGUCAGGUCAUCGUGGCUCCCAUCCUCUGCAUGUUCUGGCUGCUCUUCUUCUCUGUGCUCAGAUUAGGUCCAGUGCAUCCCAUCACCCUCUUCACCUUAGUAUCCCUGCUCUCCUCUGUUGCUAUUUCCCUCCUCCGCUUGUGCCUUAGGAAGCAACAAGACAAGUCAACAAGUUAUCAGAUGUCCGAUCAGCCAGCAGAUGGGGCGUUCACUGAUGCAGACAGGAGUACUGUAACAUCCACCACAGCCUCCAGUUUGUUUGUGGCGUCUGUGCUGCUGGAGCCAGAGCUGGCUUUGACUCCCAUGCCCUCCCCAGCCCACCACGGCUACGGUGCCAUGGCCAGCUCCCAGAGUUCAAGCCACGGCCCUGUGGAAGAAGAGGAGUGCGAGGAAGACCAUGCCCAGACCCAUGAGACUGAGCUCCAAGACCCCCCAGGCCCCUACUCCUCCAGCCCUCUCAUGGACAGUCCUGUGAGCUACCAGUAACACCAAAUCCCUCAAGCUGAUUCCAUGUGUCCUUUGCCUGAGGAACACAGAUUGCUAAAUGCCGCAAUGCAGCGUUUUUGCCAAUGACCUCAGACUCCAACUUAGCUGCCUCAAACCCUAAGACUGGGCUUGUUAGGAAGGAUGAACCAGAAGAUGAAAAAUGCUUAAGAAUACAGGAGCAGUCAAUAAAUGUUUAAAUAUAUAGACAGCAGUUUGCGAAAACAUCUCCUGAACCUGUCUUAUGGACACAAACAUCAAUCUUGAUGGAAGAAACAUCCACCCUCAAUGUACAGAUUAUCUUUGCUAAACUAUUGGAUGCUCCAUGACAGUACCUGGAUCUUCUUCUUCUUCUGUGGCUUCAUUUGUAAGUUAUAAAGGUUAAAAGGAGGAGGGAGGAAUUGCCUUUGGGGAUGCUAUGAGAGAUACUCUCUCCAUGAUGUGCCACUUGGACAUGAGUGGAGGUGAAAGUUCCCAUCAGAGUGGGUGGUGUGAGCAGGCUCGCCCCACAGACUGACAGAGUGGUCUGGGCACGGGUGAUAUCUGGUUCCUCGGCGGCAGAGCUCUGGGAGGCUGAGGGUGAGGGCAGCUAGUUGUGAAGCCAUCUGCAGUGAGAGAGCAGACAGACGGAGGGCCGAAUGUAACUCAGAGAUGUACUGUAAUGUAUGUACACUCUCUCCAAGGAGGCACAAGCAGCUUGGCUGUAACUGAAGCUUGUUGUAACUAGUAUCAAUUUAAGGUCGCUAUUUUUGCUACAGUAUUUUUGGUGUCAUUGAUAUUGUGCUUUGGGUUGGGGGUGAGGGAUACUGGAGAUAGGUCUAGGAUUUAAAGAGCUGUCCCAUCUUAAUCAGAGUAUUUCCCUAUUAUACUGUUUUGACUGUGUAUGUGUUUUAUUUAUUUUGAGAGAACAGUUCAGCAAUUUGCAAGUGCUAAUUUGCUUUCUUGCUGAGAGUUAGUCAAAAAUAUCAAUACCACUCUAAUGUCUGGACAGUAAAUAUGAAACUAUAGCCAGCAGUCGGUUAGCUUGGGUUAGCAAAAGACUGUAAACUGACUAACAGCCAGCAAAGCCUGUGAUGGGACUAUUUCUUGGCUGACAGUAAGGUAAUCUUAUUGUAAUGUUUUACAAUAAGAUUACCUUACUUUUACACUUCUACGACAUUAAACAAGUGUAAGACAACAUGUUAAUUAGUGAGUUUUAGAAGUGCUGGAUGACUCUUUUGUUACCUUUUGACAAAGCAAGGCUAGCUGUUUCCCCUGGUUUCCAGUCUUUAUGUUAAGCCAAGCUAACUGGUUACUUGUAGAAGCUGGUAUUGAUUUCUCUGCAAAGAAGCAAAUAAGUUUCUUUUCCAAAAUGUAGUUUUCUUUUAAGUUGUAUAAGCUAUAGGAAAAUCAGUAUCACACCCCGUGAAAUACACCAUUUGAAAAUAUGCCAUGCAGCCUACUUUCAUCCAUUGUAAGACAACACCAUCUAUAGAAGAAUUCCCUCAUUUCGCUAAUUAUGUGAAAUACUGAAAGUAACUGAACCUUUUGUCACUACCAAAGCCAUUAUAUUUGUGUUUUUACUUGUAACACUUAAUAAUUUUAAUUUGUUAUCAUAAUGGCUUAAAAUAACUUGUUUGUAUUUAUUUGUCUAAUGUUUGUCAAAUAUUUGUGCUAAGAGUAAUACAAAUGAAUUCCAGCACUACUAUAGUGUACCAUGAUUUCUGUUCAUUAACCUUUUCUGUGUCUCACUGCAUGUUGACUGUCUGUUGUAUAAAUGAGGUAUGCAUUCAUAUCCUACUCUUUAAGGUUUUAGAUGCACAAAUCUCAUUGGUCUAGAGUCCAUCUGUAUGCUUGCAAGUUUUGUAUUUUGGGAAAAUUUUUAUUUCUUCGCAGCUGGAUGAACGUUUUACCUAUGAAACUGAAUGUAAACUGAUUGUAGUCCGUUAUUUAUGUCUUUUGCUGUGCCUUCAACAAACACUCCCUUUUGUGUGACAAUCCAGCACGGCCUGAAAUAUGCUGCAUGGACUGAAAAGUAAAGAGCGGAGAAACAACCAAGAGAUAAAAACGCAACAAGAAACACGAACCCCCCCCCAAUGUAGUCAUUCAACACUUGAUGGUUAGUUCCUUCUGUUAGUCAGCAGACAAGCAGUGAACUCUUUCCACCUAAAUAUCGACAAAACAACCUUCACAUAAGACCCACUCACUGUCUUUUUUCCUGAAGCUUUUGACCACAUCACAUGGACUUCUUCAGCAGAUUAGUUUGUCCGGUUCUCAUUGAACUGUAGUUGUUCAAAUUGUUCUGCAGGCUUUUGUCCAUAUUUUCAUAAAUGUUAAGUUUUACAGGUCAUUCCUGACCUUGAAAAUAUGUUGAGAAAACAAUAUCCACUCAAGGCCUACUUACUCGCUUUUUCCUGCAGAAUGUUCAACUUGUGAAGCAGAGUGGACGUGGAGAGGUCCUAAAGGACAAUAGAAAUGUCUACAGAUCAGUGGCAAAUGAGCAAACUUCAACUAAUCAGGACGAUCAUGCGAUCUGAUCAAAAUAUCCAGAACAAGCAGGUAAAUGCUCUUCAAGUAGUCGUUUUCUUUGACUGUAAAGUUGCACACUAAGCUUACUUACUGUAUGCAUUUAUGUCACGGCAGUUCAGUUGCUUUUUUUAAGAUGUUUUGUGUCGUGGCCUCUCUGGUGCCUUGUUGAUUUCACUCUUUAUCUUUUCAGUUGUCAGCUCAUGUGUAAGAUGUAUGGCCAAGCUCACUGUAGAGGAUAAAAAAAUGUUUAGAGGUUGUGCAUCCUGUGUCAUUCACUUGUCUAUGAUUCGUCUUUAGGUAAUUUUAAUGUGGUUGAUUAAUAUUGACAGUCCUGAUGUUCAGCUUACUUCACACAGUAAAUCUUAGAAUGAUUUUUUUUUUUUUUGGUCUUCAGUAGGUGAAGGUUUAUUAUUUUAAUCGCAUAAAAUCAAAGGCCUGUAAUAGGGCUUUUAAAAAGUUUUUCUUCAGUUGUACUUAAUGGCAUAUUAUUGCAUAAAAUAAAAUGUAUUUACUCCAUUUUACAAGGGAUUUAAUUGUAGUUCCUCAUCCUGUAUAAAAUGGAUGAAAGCUGGCAGCCGAGAGACUGACUGGUCAAGGCAGAAAAUCCUGAUUCUGUUUGGAGGAAAAAAAAAAACAUCAAAGAGCAUCUCAAAAUUUCUGUCUGUGAACUGCCAGCAUGUCCUGUGGGUUUCUCUUGCAGAAGCUUGUUUCACAGAUCAUUAAACGUGCUUUCCUUUGAAAAAUAGAAAAUAAAACUUAUUAGGGUAUUUUUAGCUCUAAUGGCCAUGCAAGGAGGGAUUGUCCAUUUUCAUGCAUAACUAGUUUUAUGGUAUGUCUGUUCAUAUAUUGUCGGCUUGAACCAUCCAAGGUCUAUUUGGAGGUGCAUUAGCUUUCCAGACAUGUCCACUGGUUUUUGCUCUUGGUUAUGAAAUGUGUGUAUCAUCUUUGUUUCACACGUGACUAGCCUGCUGUAAAUGUAGGUAUCUCCAAGAAGGUUGAGGUUAAGGGACAGACUGCAUUUGAGAUUGAGCUCUGUCAGGCUAACCAGUUUGCAUCUGUCAAAAGUGAAGUGCUGUGAUCUGAAAUUAAAAUUAAUUCACGUCAGUCCACUCAUCUUGUGCCAUGAACUCCUUGCUCUCCUCUUCUGUGGUCUGUGAUGAAGGGGUUUUGGAGAGACAGUGAGAGAGUCAUAGUCACAUAGUGCAGAAGUGAAUGUUCACA